AUGGUAAUGAUUUGGUUCGUGCGAUUUGUAAACGUGCUUUUAUUUCUACUAUUUACAUCUUAUUUACCAGAUAUAAGAGCUGAAUGUCCGCGGAAAAAAAUUCAAGGUAAUAUUGAUCAAAAUAAAAUUAGGAGAUCUGAAGGAGCUCCAGCUGUUACACCACAUGAAACCUGGAUUUCUUGCACAUACAUCUUCAAUGAUAGAUCAGGUUACAAUGAUGUGGCUAUUGUGCUUAAUGAAAUUGCUCAUCGGUUGAAACGAGAAAUACUAAUAAAUUUGAAAAUCGAAAAGAUUGACUGCGCAGAAAAGAAGCAAGAAAAAUGUAUGGAGUAUUCAAUGGAGGAGCCAUUUCACUGGCUGAUCGUCGAUGAUUCGUUAAUUUUAUCAUCUUUUUUUAUCGCAAAUUACUUAAUCGCAAAUAUGAAUCUUUAA